AUGACACUAAGUGCUAACAUUAAAAGUAGUGUACAAAAAAUGGUGGAUCAGUUUUUCGAUUCAAGAGAAUUACAUAAUGAAAAUCUAGUAAUAGUUUUAUUUCGUAGUAACCGUGAUGUUGACGCUGAAAAGACAAGAUGUACGGAAUACACAAAAGAUUUACUUGAACAGAUAAAUGGAUCAACAAUCAGUGUGUUUGAUGAACAGAAGUUAGUUUAUGAAUAUAUAAGAGACAAAGUGCAACAACAACAACAAAUAUUACUAUUUAUAUACGAUAAUGAACAAAUAUCAUUGAAUGAUUUAAGAGAGAAUAUGAAUAUAUUUAUAAUACCAUUGGAUUAUAAUAAAAUGGUUUAUGAUCAACAUCAAUUUGAUUCUGAUAUAAGAAAAACUGUACGUUUCUUUAAUCGACAACAAAUUAAAUUAAAUUAUUUAUUUACGAAUGAACAAGAAAAAUAUCAUCAAGAACAAAAUUCUGUUCGUUAUAUAACAAAAGAUUCAGCAUCAUUUUUAUGGUUUCAAAUAUUGUUCGAUAUAUUGAAACGUAUGCCAACAACUACGGAAUCAGCUAAAAACGAAAUGUUAGACAAAUGUCGACAAUAUUAUAAAGAUAAUUUAAGACAAUUAGAAAAAAUUGAAAAUUUUCAACGAGAAUAUAAAAGUAGUGAUGAUGCUAUACGGUGGUACACGGCUGAAAGUUUUUUAUAUCUAUCAGUUAACAACGCAUUAAGAAGUGAAAAUAUUGAUGAAUUAUAUACAUACAGAUUUUAUAUUGUUGAUCUUUGUACACAAUUAUCUAGCAUUUACAAACAACAACGACAAUUAAAACAUGAUCAAAGUGAAUUAGUCGUCUAUCGAGGACAGUUCAUGACUUAUGAUGAAU